GUUUAGGAUUAUAAAAUUAACUUGGACUUUAUAUAAUGUCCCUCCCACUCGUAUUCAGUUUGAUAAAAAUGAGUCAUUGUGUUCGGAUCUGCCUGCUUCCCAGUAGCCUGCAGUAUGCAGUAGAUCUCAGUCGAGCGCAGAAGCUGAUCGUGAUAAGAGGUAUUCAAUUAAAAUUUUGUUUAUCGAACACACCAUGGACGGGGGCAAAGCAGUUUUGCAUAGUUCUGAUCUACCAUACGAAUAUAUAUACGACGACGAAAAACACGUUUCAAACAUGCCGGACUCCAAAUUAAGUGUACGAAAUAUUUUGGAAUCAGCUUACGCUUCUGCUGAAGACAAAAUGAUAACUAAAAAACUUUCGCGCUGCAUUCCGCCGUAUCCGCAUGCUGUUCGAGUGAAAAAUGGCGUUCGUGUUUAUGAAUACAGUGAAACCAGAAAACAGAGUUACAAAUCAAGUUUAUGGAAGGAGGCCUACAAUAUACUGCACCAGCGGUUGGAUAUUGCCGAGCCAAUCGCAGCAAAGGCACACGUGAGAACGCAGAUACAUCCGUGUCUGCACAGGAUCGCAGGUCUUCUAGAUCCGGAAACUUGCAUCAAGUGUCCGCGGUGUCAUAAGUCCAUUUUGUCCACCAAAGUUCUAAAAAGCUAGUGACGAAUGCAAACAACCUUCAACAUAUAUACAUUAUCUAUUACUAAACUUCAAUACUGAUCUUCAAUAUAUACUCAAAUAAACAUAUUUUAAACAAAGAA